GACUAAAGAAAAUCAGACGUCCGUACAGCCCGAAGUUGCUUCAAACAACGAAAUGAAUUUUUACGGGCAGGGUUAUACGGGAGCAGGAGCGAACAUUCCUAGAUUACAUCCUCCUCCAGGUAAUCCCUAUGGAGGUGGUGCACCCCCAGGUGGUCCUGUAGGAGGACAAUAUGGGGGUCAGCAGUAUGGUGGUGUACCAGGAGGACAGUAUGGUGGACCUUAUGGUGGUUAUGGUGGAGCCCCUGGAGCUCCUUAUGGAGGUGGUCAAGCCCCAGGAGCCCCUUACGGAGGAUAUAGGCAGCCUCACGGUGGACCAUAUGGCCAGCAAUAUCCAGGAGGUAACAUUCCACCAGGGGUUAACCCUGAGGCAUUUCAGUGGUUUCAGACUGUCGACACGGAUCGCAGUGGCUACAUCAACCUGAAGGAGCUAAAGCAGGCCCUACUUAACUCCAACAACUCAUCAUUUAACGAUGAAACCUGCUUGAUGAUGAUCAAUAUGUUUGACAAGACCAAAACUGGCCGCAUUGACGUGUUUGGCUUCUCUGCUCUCUGGGUUUUUUUGCAGCAGUGGCGGGCAAUAUUCAGUCAGUUUGACCGUGACCGCUCAGGUUCCAUCAACAGCAAUGAGCUACAUCAAGCACUCUCUCAGCUGGGUUAUAACCUGAGCCCGCAGUUCAUUCAGACCCUGGUGAACCGUCACUGUGUCCGUGGCAUGAGUAAUGCCCUCCAGCUUGACUCCUUUAUCCAGGUGUGCACUCAACUGCAAAUCAUGACCCAGGCUUUUCGUGAGAAGGACACCGGAAUGACCGGCAACGUACGCAUGAGCUAUGAAGACUUUCUCUCCUGCACCAUGUCACGACUCAUGUGAAGAUUUACAUCCAAUCGAAUGGCAGUUUGACCACUUCAGUUGUAAAGGGGGACUGCGGUUUCAUGCCAAAGACCACCGGCACUCUGGAUGUUCCUCUUGUAACUGUGCCUUUCACUGCAGUUUACCUCCCUCACUCAAAAUGCCCUGUACAUAUGCACACCUACUUCUUACUUUGCUUUUUUUAUUUUUUUUAUUUAAAGUGUAGUUUAACAGAAAAACUAACCACUUGUAUGUGGAUACCUGUGCCAAAUUGUUUAUGUAAUACCUAAAAAGGUUUGGAGGAGAACUAGCUCACUCAGGGGGUGAACUUGCAUUAUCAUGUCUGCUGCCAAUCUUAAAUUUUGCGGAACCUUAUUUUAUAUUGUAACUGCAUUUAGUUAAACCUCUUUAGUUUCUUGCAUGAUUUAUACACAGUCAUAAUCCUUAUUCAAUUAAAAAAUGUAUAUGGUGCAAUGUGCGAUUGGCUUAUUGUAAUAGAUUGAAGACUUAGAUCCAGUGGGACUGUACUUGACUAAUGAUGGCAUUGUAUGAGUGGAUUAAGUCCUAAAGUUGUGUAAUUUGUAUUCAAAACUGACUAAAUAGUAAUAUCUAUAUCAAUGUAUAUCAAUCUAAUAUUAAUAUUGGUAAUAUCAAUCAAUUUGAAAAUGUCAGUGGUCAAAACUUUUUAAUGUUACAGUCAGUAUUUUCAGCAUUGUGUCAGACAUCAUAGAUUAAAAGCUUUUUGCCUCAAAAAAAA